GUGUGGAAAACGGUUAUUCUGCUGCAGUACUCAACGGAAAUCUGCCUAUGUUACACGUUCAUUGUUUGAAUAUAUGGAGUGAAGCUUUUCUGAAGCAAGCCAUUUGUCAAACAGCAGUUCUUCAUUUUAGAUGAUCAGCUGGUUUUAUUUUCAGUUUUAGUCUGGCAGGGGAGUGAGGAGACACUGGAAGGAAAAUCGAUGGAGGAAUUGAAUCCUACAUCAGCAUUUGACAAAGAUCCAUUCGAGCUCACAGCUGAAGAUGUCUACGAUAUGUCUUACAUCAUUGGCCGUGAUCUAUUCAAACUCAGCAGCUUGGAAGACAACCACACAGUCUCUGAGCUGCAGUACAAGAUAAUCAGAGUGCUAGAAAUAUUUGAGUCUCUGGUGGACAAGCAGAACCUUACAGCAGAUACGCUGAAAAUUGAACGCGACAACCUGAGGACGGAAACAGAAAGACUUCGGAGAGAACUCCAAGAGGCGAGAAGCGAUUCAGAGAAGCAGCAGAACACUGGGCCGGACAAACUGGUGGUGGAUGUUAACGACCCAAAUCGACCACGUUUCACACUCCAGGAACUGAGGGAUGUAUUGCAAGAACGCAACAAACUGAAGGCUCAGUUGCUUGUUGCACAGGAAGAACUGGAAUGUUACAAAAGCGGAUUAAUCUCCACUCAACAAGCUCAAAGCCUAGAGAAGGAUGUGUCGAGUGCAAACCACGGAAGUGAAAAAACUAUGGUUAAAAAGCUGUUUUCUCUUAAACACAGAAAAAAUCCUUAAGCUCCAGGGAAACAGAUCUUCAAAAGGAUUUUUGGGCAUUUACUCAUUGUUUUGUUAAUCAGAAUGAAGGUACUCUGGAACAAUUCUAUAAUGUAUUGACAGAGGAAUUUUCCAAGUUUACUUUCUGCACAAACCAGAAAAAUUGAUUUUGCUACGUGUAAAAUAAUGAGCUGUGUUUGUUUCUCAGAGCAGCAAUAACGGGACUGGAAAAAGAAAUGAAAGUACAUUUAGUUUCUAAGUAGCCACUUUUACUUAAUGAUAGGGCAUGGUAGUCUAUUGUUUAAGUUACUGUGCUAGUAAUCCAGAGGCCUGAACUAAUAAUUCAGAGACUUGAGUUCAAAUCCCAUCACAACACCUGGGAAAUUUAAUAAAUUUGGAGUAAAAAGCUAGUAUUAGUAAUGGUGAUCAUGGAACUGAUGGGUCGUUUUAAAAACCUAUCUAGCUCACUAAUGCCCUUUGGGGAAGCAAAUCUGCUGUCCUUAAUCCGCUCUGGCCUAUAUGUGACUCCAGACCCACAGCAAUGUGUUUUUUUUAUUAUUUAUGGGAUGUGGGUGUCACUGGCUAGGCCAGCUUUUAUUGUCCAUCCAUAAUUGCCCCUUGAAGGUGGUGGUGAGCUGCCUUCUUGAGCCACUGCAGUCCACAUGGUACAGGUGCACCCACAGUGCUGUUAGGGAGUUCCAGGAUUUUGACCCUGUGGCGGUGGAGGAACGGCCGAUAUAUUUCCAAGUCAGGAUGCUGUGUGGCUUGGAGGGGAACUUGCAAGUGGCAGUGUUCCUAUGUGUCUGCUGCCCUUGUCCUUCUAAGUGGUAGAGGUCGUGGGUUUGGAAGGUGUUGUCGAAGGAAAAGAUUGACUCUUAACUGCCCUAGCAAACCAUUCAGUUGUUUUCAAGAAGACAGCUGACCACCAACUUCUCUGGGGUAGUAAAUGCCAGCCAGGCCAGCAAUACCCACAUCCUGUAAAUGAAUUUAAAGAAAAACUCUGAUAAACCAUUGCUAUCCCUGAAAGUAUUGCUUAAAAUUACAUAGAAGUUAUAACACAGAAAUGGGUCAUUCAGCCCAAACAGUCCAUUUUGGUAUUUAUUCUCUACAUGAGCUUGCAUAAAAAGCAAUUCCUUAAUAAAGCAGAGUUUAUAAAGUAGGAGUUAAAAUUAAUAGAUUUCCCAGAAUGAGAUGAUCAGACUUAGCUAUGGAGCAAUAACUGUACUGACCUGGUUUUAUUAAACAUAUGAGUCUGAGACAGGUUCCUGCCCCUGCAGUGGUGAGAAGCAGGCAAAGCAAUCUCGAGUGAACAUGUAAUAUGUGUGAAAAUUCAAACCACCUGGAGAGUUUUUAAACUUUAUUUUAAUGCCAAUUGUAAUUAUACUGUUGCUGGUGUGAAGCCAAAAAAUGAAUUGAAAGACUUGCAUUUAUGUAGUGCCUUUCACGAACACCAAAGCUUUUUACAGCCAAUUCAGUACUUUCUGAAGUGUAGUCACCAUUGUAAUGCAGGAAAUGGGGCAGUCAGUUCACACACAGUUUCAAAAAACAGCAAUGUGAUAAUGACCUGGAUAAUCGGUUUAUAUGAUGCCGAUCACGGAAUAAAUACUGGCCCGGACACUGCAGAAAACUCCCAUUCUUCUUUAAAAUAGUGCCAUGGGACUUUUUACAGCCUUGUGAACUGAAGGUGCGACGACUGAGCCUUAGUUGACACAGUAAAUGCGACAACCGAGGCAAUGUAUAAUCGUUUCCUGGAAGUGGGCUCAUAUCACUGACCUAAAACUGCUUCGGGUGACUUCACAUCACAAUGAUAAACUGGAACACCUUGAAAUCAAUACGAGCCACGUACUAUGAUUAGCCUACAGCAGAGAAUGUGUGUCAGGGACUGGUACUUCAUUUCCAAUGGCAUCCAGUGGUCUUUUCAUCGCAUUCCCACAUGCUGAAAAAUACAAUCUUUACAGAGUGCCUCUGGCUAAUGGAUGGUUAAUAAAGAGCACACAAUGUUUUGUAUA